UUGAAUAAAGAAAUACUUCUUUUUCUAUUAACAUCAUGUCGUAUAAUCGUAAUAAGUAUGAGAAAGCUCGAAGGCGACUUGCUGCUGUGACUUUUUUAUCAAAUAUUUCCUUAGAUGGCUCCUUCAAGGAUACGGAAUUAUAUCAAAUUGUUGAUAAAAAGACAGCAAAUAUCGACAAAUGUGACUGUGAAAUUAAGGAUAAUCAGAGCUAUAAUCAUAAAGACGGCUUGCGCAAUAGCGUUCGAAAUCGUACCAAAACACAAACAAGUCCCGUUCAAAAAGCUAGUGGCGAUAAUCAAUCAUUAAGUUCAGAUUCCGAGCAAGCCACUGCAACCCCAGUUAAGGGACUUGGUUUCAAUUCGUAUCGAGAAAGGUGCUCAUCUGGGACUGCAGAACUAUUUAAAGAUAGACAUUCUUCAGUAAGGGCUAGAAAAGUUGUUAGUCAAGAUGAGAAAAGCAGCUCUGAAAGCUUGAAUUUUGGUCGUUUUCGUACAAACAGUACAUGCGUUUCAGAGAGAUCUGCGUAUAACAAGGAGCUAAGAUUUGUUAAACCCAUCAAAGGUGUUUCUUUUAGGGAUGAGAGACUUGCAUUUGUUCCUGGCCAAGGUCCUCCAUGUGCUUUGUUUAGUACAAUACCUUACUCUAAGACAAUCAAAAGUGCACGCUCCGAUUUAAGGAAGGAAGGUGUCAGAAGACGCAAUACAUCAGGGCCUAGGCCUCUAGCUGCUAUCACAGACAAUGGUAUUGAUCCAUUUGACCUAUUAGGCCUAGAAAGAGAAGAGAAUGGGCAAGAAAUUUCUUAUUCCAAGUUAUUGAUACCAUCAAGAAUCUGUACACGAGAACAAUACAAAAAGAUGUAUGAGGGAGAUUUCAGUGACAAAACUACAUGGAAAAUAAUGACUCGUCAUCCCCAUGUCAUUGCAAGGACUAAGUUAUUGACGAGACACAAGGAUAAAAAAUGGUGUUUUUCAUAUGAAUCUUCCCAGCGAUCAACUGCAGCCUCAUCUCCUCCUCAUUCAACAAUAGAAAAUAAAACCUUUGAUUGGGAUGAGACUGCAAUUCUUUCACAAAAAUAUGUACAAUACUGCCCCAAUGUUCUUGAUGAUCCUGAAUUAAUAGCGGGAAAACAUAGGACCCUACUUACUUUUACUUCUUACAUGACGUCUAUUAUUGAUUAUGUCCGACCUCAAGAUUUGAAGAAAGAGCUGAAUGACAAGUUCAGAGAAAAGUUUCCUCAUAUCAAGCUCACUCUAAGCAAAUUGAGGAGUAUAAAAAAAGAAAUGCGAAAAAUAGCAAAACACGACAGUGGGGGUAUAGAUUUAUUGUCUGUGGCUCAAGCAUAUGUUUACUUUGAAAAACUGAUACUCGCAAAUCUCAUUAACAAAGAUAACAGGAAACUCUGCGCCGGCGCGUGCCUACUGCUGUCGGCCAAACUAAACGAUGUAAAGGGUGAAAUGUUGAAAGCACUUAUUGAGCGCAUCGAAACAACGUUCAGAGUGAACAAGAAGGAUCUCAUAAAGUUCGAAUUCGCCGUCCUCGUGGCGCUGGAGUUCGGCCUGCACGUGCCACCGUACGACGUGUUCCCGCACUACCAGCGGCUGUUGCACGAGUCCUGACCCUGGCGCCGGGUGACCCUCGAGUGCGCGCGCGCGGGCCGGCGCCGCACCAGCAUCGUGGACAACCUGCGCGCCGGCGCCUGGAUGUAGCCGCGCCGGCGCGGCACCAGCCUCGUGGACAACCUGUGCAUUGGCACCUGGAUGUAGCCGCGUUGGUGCCGCACUAGCUACGUCGUGGACAACAUGUGCGCUGGUGCCGGGGUGAAUCCGCACGAAGGGGUCCGCAGUCGAGCACGACAUUCUUUGAGUAGGUACUUUAUUAUUUAUCAUUUCAUUCAUUAAUAUUUCUAUAGUUUUAAUACAAUUUUUAUUAGUUUUCGUAACUUCAAGCAGGGUUUUUGUUAACAUUUAUUUAUCAAAAGAAUAAAAACUUGUAAAUUUUUAUUACACAUUAUAAAAUAUGAACGCACAAUUAACUUUGUUGCGUGUUCUUGAGACCCCGCAGCACACAUGGAAUUGUCUGUAUUUAUAAUAAUAUAUAUGAGAAGUGAAUGAAUAAAAGUUCUUUAUUUUUAAUAUAUAAUUAUUUUCUGCUAAAAAAAUGUAGGAAAGGUUGAGGUUUGUGUGUGUGCCGUUACAGUAUUCUACUGCACUAUCUUAAAUAAUACAUAUUUUUAAAUUCAUAUUUAGAACAGGAUUUCAAUUUAAAGUGCCUUUUACGAAAGAAUUCCCCUAAUAUUCUCCUCAGUCAUUCGAUGAAAUGCUGCCAACAUCUAUUAUUUUGAGUUUCAAAAAAUGAAAGAUAAGUAUUAAAGU